AUGAGCGAUCCCGGCUCCACCACCCCGCCAGCAGACGCGACAAAGUUGUCCAGUCCUCCCUCGGGCAGCCUGGCAUUCCUCGUUCACUCCCCCGACACGGUCAGAAGCAACCUCCCGCCUGAUGUCGACAACAAACCGCUUGCACGCCAGAAGCGGAGAAGAACAAGCCCCGAAGAUCAGAAAAUACUGGAAGCAGAAUACCAGAGAAACAGCAAACCUGACAAGGCUGCGCGUCUUGAGAUCGUGAAGCGCGUCGCUCUUGGCGAGAAGGAGGUGCAGAUCUGGUUCCAGAAUCGCCGCCAAAACACACGUCGUAAAUCCAGGCCACUCGAACCGCACGAAAUACAAUCGCAUCUCUCCAGUUCUCAGGAACCCAUCACAGAACCAUCCUCGUCCGCCCCGAAUUCCGACGAUGCCGAAGGAGGAGAGCAGGAACAGCACGUCGGAGAUGUUGCGGUUGCGCCGCUGAACAACUCACACAGCCUUCAGGAGACACCGGCUAGGUCUCCAACAAUUAGCACCGAGCACGUGCCAAAGGAAACCGCUUCCCCAUCAGCGCCGGACUUGACGAAUGUCGAACACCAGGCAACCAAUGCGGCGACUGAGCUUCCAAAGAGUCCAGCCCAAGUCAGCGGCAUUGGACCUACAGAGUUUGGCAGCUCGCAGCCUUUGCCGUCAUCGCAAGAAAGCCAACACCAAGGCAUCGGCUAUCUCGCAAACCGCCGUAGCCAGUCGUUUAUCCGUACUUACGAGGAGGCCAUGGCGGAGAAGUCCGGUUCGGUGCCCUCGUCACAAGAACAAGCGCCCCCUCGGACUUUGAAAAAGUCCAGUUCAUUUGUGCGCCUGUCAAUGACUGAAGACGGAAAGGCUAGGGUCAUCACCGGCGACGAUUCUCCAUCUCCGCCUCGGUCUCAGCCGAACCCAACUCCGGUGAUCGAGAAGUCCGAAGGUCUUCGCCGCAGCUACAGUGCUGCCGCUUUAAAUGAUCGUCUGAAGCAAGCUCAAUCGCCCCAGGGCAUCCAGCGCUCUUUCUCCGGGCGGUCUCGUGACUCAAGAGCUUGGGAGUUCUGGUGUGAUAGUGACGCAAGAAAUUCUCUGACCGAAAAGGCGAACCAAGAGGGAAGUGGCUCCGCAGCGGACGCCAUUGGUCUCAUACGGUCUGCUAGCAGAGGUGCAUUGAAACUGAACCCCAACAAGCGCAAUGCCCAGCUCCUCACUCAAAGUUCUGCAAAGCGUGUCAAGCUCGAUGGAAAGAGCACACACCGACCGCCUCUGUCUCGCUCUUCAUCUUCACAAGGACGCCUUCAAGGCAAGGCGGCACCUGUGAGCAGAACGCCACUGAAGAAGAGUCAAUCGGCCGUCACAAAGAAGGCCGAUGACGAUGGCUUCGAGGUCCCACAGACAGAGUCGGACAAGGAGAAUUGGGAACCAGGUGUUCCUGGCACUAGCCUGCGUCGUACCAAGCCGCCCACUGCCGGUCAGCAGCCUGGUCAGCCACGGCGCAGGGUCUUGGGCGAGAACACCAAUAUCAUGAGCACGAAUGGCAGUCUCGGAACUAUGAUGGACCGCGAGAAAGGGCUGAAGGCGACGCCGCACAAAAGGCUACUGGGACCUCGGACUAGUAACCCCGAGGAUGACGACGAACUUCGCGCCUUCAUGGGCGGCGCAGGUGGCCACAGCCAGAGAACAAGUGUCUCAAGCGGCGAAGAGCUGGGAUGUGUGGAAGGCCUGCUCAAACUCAGCCAAGGCAAUUGGAGAUGA